AUGACAGGCAGCAUGAAUGUCGCACGAUAUUUUCACACAGCAACCACAUUAGCAAAUGGAUCAGUAUUAGUUACUGGUGGACAGGGUAGCAGUGCUCUUCUCAAUAGUGCUGAAUUGUACAAUCCAUCGACAGGCACUUGGACAACUACAGGAAGUAUGAAUAUCAUACGAUGUGGUCACACAGCAUCCACAUUAGCAAAUGGAUUAGUAUUAGUUGCUGGUGGUGGUGGUGUUGGAGAUAAUAGUGCUGAAUUAUACAAUCCAUCAACAGGUAUUUGGACACGUACAGGAAACAUCAGUGCCCCACGAAGCACGCACACAGCAACCACAUUAGCAAAUGGAUCCAUAUUAAUUGCUGGUGGAUCCAGCAGUGGUUAUCUCAAUACUGCUGAAUUGUACAAUCCAUCGACAGGCACUUGGAGAAUCACAGGAAGCAUGAGUGUCGCACGACAAUUUCACACAGCCUCUAUAUUAGCCAAUGGAUUUGUAUUAGUUACUGGUGGAUACAACGGUGUUAAUGCUCUCAAUACUGCUGAACUGUACAAUCCAUCAACAGGCAAUUGGACAAUUACAGGAAGCAUGAAUGUCGUACGAUAUUGGCAUACAGCAUCCAUAUUAGCAAAUGGAUUAGUAUUAGUUGCUAGUGGAGCCAGUGGAGCUGGUACUGCUGAAUUGUAUAAUCCAUCAACAGGCAAUUGGACAACCACAGGAAACCUGAAUGUCGCCCGAUAUUAUCACACAGUAUCCACAUUAACAAAUGGGUUAGUAUUAGCUGUUGGUGGAUCUAACGGUGUUUAUCUCAAUAGUGCUGAAUUGUACAAUCCAUCGACAGGCACUUGGACAACUACAGGAAGCAUGAAUACGACACGAGAUUAUCACAGAGCAUCCGUAUUAGCAAAUGGAAAAGUAUUAGUUACUGGUGGAGAAAACGGUGCUCCUUCCAAUAGUGCUGAGCUUUAUUAA